AGUUCUACGCACUAGAUUUUUCUUGUUCCAAAAGACCAAUGACUUUCACUUGUCAUUUAACACCACGGCUAUCGUCCGGCGCCUCCGCGGCUCCUUCCAUAAACCCCUUAAACCCCUUAGCCGUAGAAUGACCAUAAGGCUCUUCAGAUAUGCUCUUCCACGCUCACUUCCCUCUCGUUUUGUUGGUCAUCCUUUCAAAAUCUCUUCAAGAUUCAUAUGCUCCGAGAAUAACCUUGUUACAUUGGUAGACCCAGAACUGAGAUUCCCAGAAAAUGAAUCUUUUCAACAAGAAAAGAUGGGUGGUUCACUUUCAGUCCAAGAAUUGGUUUCAAUCUUGGGUGGUUCGGAUGCUGAAGUUAUCUCCAAAGAUGAGAUUGGUAAGUUUUCAGAUGAUGCUUUCUUGGUUAUAAAUGCUAUAAGGAAGGGUAAUGAUGGGUUUGGAGAGAGAACUGAGAGAGUUGUUAGGCAUUUUAGGGAAAAGCUCAACCCUGGUUUAGUGGUUGAUGUGUUGAGAAAUAUACACAACCCUGAAUUGGGUGUUAAGUUUUUCAUGUGGGCUGGUAGACAAAUUGGCUAUGUGCAUAAUGCAUCUGUUUAUGAUGCUUUGUUGGAAGUAAUAGGGUGUGAUGUCCCAUUACAUUUUGUUCAAGAUAUAGGAAAAGAUGAUAGGGAAGUGCUUGGCAAGUUGCUUAAUGUGUUGAUAAGCAAGUGUUGCAGGAAUGGGUUGUGGGAUUUAGCAUUGCAGGAGCUGGGAAGGCUAAAAAAUUUUGGUUACAAGCCCUCGGCAGCCACUUAUAAUGCGCUGAUUCAGGUGUUUCUGCAAGUAAAUAGAUUGGAGACUGCAUCUUUGAUAUACAAGGAGAUGUCAGCACUUAGUUUUAAGAUGGACAAGCGUACAUUAAAUAGCUUUACGCGAUCAUUGUGCAAAGUGGGUAAAUGGAGAGAAGGCCUUGAUUUAAUUGACAAGGAAGAGUUUGUGCCUGAUACAGUGAUUUAUACUAAUAUGAUUUCAGGAUUAUGUGAAGGUUCCCUCUUUGAAGAAGCAAUGAAUUUUCUCAAUAUAAUGCGGACUAGUUCGUGUAUCCCUAAUCGUGUAACAUAUGAAGUUUUGCUUUGUGCACUUUUAAACAGGAGAAAACUUGGUCGCGUCAAGAGGGUUCUUAAUCUUAUGAUUUCUGAAGGUUGUUAUCCAGGUCAGAAAAUAUUUAAUUCUCUUGUACAUGCAUACUGUAGAUCAGGAGAUUACUGGUAUGCCUACAAAUUGCUAAAAAAAAUGGAUGGCUGUGGCUGUAAGCCAGGAUACGUAGUUUACAACAUAUUGAUUGGUGGUAUUUGUGGCAACGAGGAGUUACCAAACAAGGAUGUGCUAGAAUUGGCUGAAGAUGUGUAUAAUGAAAUGCUAAAUGCAAGACAAGUACUGAAUAAAGUCAACGUGGUCAAUUUUGCACGGUGCCUUUGUGGAUUUGGAAAAUAUGAGGAGGCUUUUAGUGUUAUUAAAGAAAUGAUGAGCAAAGGUUUUAUACCUGAUGUCAGUACAUACUCGAAAGUGAUUGGUUUUCUUUGUAAUGCCUCCAAAGUAGACAAGGCAUUCCUGUUGUUCCAAGAAAUGAUGAGGAAUGGAAUUAUUCCAGAUGUUUAUACUUACACAAUUUUGAUUGAUAGCUUUUGUAAAUCUGGUCUUAUUCAACAGGCUCGUAAUUGGUUUAAUGAAAUGAUUAAAAAGGGUUGUACUCCUAACGUAGUGACUUACACAGCUAUUGUCCAUGCUUACCUCAAGCAAAGGCAAAUUUCAGAUGCAAAUGAGCUCUUUGAAUUGAUGUUAACGCAAGGAUGUGUUCCAAAUAUUGUCACUUUCACUGCUUUGAUUGAUGGAUACUGUAAAGCUGGACACAUAGAGAAGGCUUGCCAGAUCUAUGCCAGAAUGAAGGGGAGUCUAGGUACCGCUGAAGUAGAGUCGUACUUCAAGGUUGAUCUUGAUGGUAAUAAGGAGCCAAGUGUCGUUACAUAUGGAGCUAUGAUUGAUGGUUUGUGCAAAGCACACAGGGUGAAAGAAGCUCGCAAUCUUUUGGAUGUCAUGGUAGUGGAAGGAUGCGAACCAAAUCAUAUUGUUUAUGACGCAUUAAUUGACGGGCUUUGCAAGGUGGGUAAGCUAGAUGAUGCACAAGAGAUAUUUGCCAAAAUGUCAGAAUGUGGAUAUAGUCCGAGUGUUUACACCUACAGCUCUCUAAUUGAUAGACUAUUUAAGGAUAAUCGUUUGGAUCUUGCUAUAAAAGUCUUGUCUAAAAUGCUCGAAAGUUCUUGCCCCCCAAAUGUCGUUAUAUACACAGAGAUGGUAGAUGGCUUUUGUAAAGUUGGUAAAAUAGAUGAAGCUUAUAAACUUAUGUUGAUGAUGGAAGAAAAGGGGUGUCAUCCAAAUGUUGUGACCUAUACUGCAAUGAUUGAUGGAUUUGGCAAAGCUGGAAAAGUGAAUAAGUGUCUUGAACUCAUCGAAAGGAUGGGUAAUAAGGGUUGUGCACCAAAUUACAUAACCUAUUCAGUUGCAAUAAAGCAUUGUUGUGCUGCAGGACUUUUAGAUGAGGCUCUCCAACUUCUUGAGGAAAUGAAACAAAUAAGUUGGCCAAAACACAUGGCCAGCCAUCGUAAGGUUAUUGAAGGCUUCGAAAGAGAGUACUUUAUCAGUCUGUGUCUUUUAGAGGACAUGGGCAACAAAAAUUCUCUUCCAAUUAUUCCAGUUUAUAGGGUUCUAAUUGAUAGCUAUCAAAAAGCAGGAAGACUUGAAUUUGCCAUGGAGCUACUUAAAGAGACUUCAUCAUCUUUGCCAUUUUCAAAUCUUGAUAAGAAAAUGUACUCUUCCUUGAUCGAGUGCCUUUCUGUUUCAAACAAAGUUGAUUUGGCGUUUGAAUUAUAUGUAGACAUGAUAAAUAAAGGUGCAGUUCCAGAGCUUACGGACUUUGUUAACCUCAUUAAGGGAUUAGUAAGCAUGAAUAGAUGGGAGAAUGCACUUGAACUCUCCCAGAGCUUGUAUUACAUGUUACAUGCAUCGAAAUCCACCACCAUUCGGCUCCUUUAAAGGUCAAGAAAUGAUACGUUGAGUCUAUCUCAUUACGAGGCACUACCUGUUGGCACCUGAUAUACAUACUUGGAGCUGCACUAGUUGACAGGUGCAGUUUGACCUUGUUAUAACCAAGAGACAAGUCAGGGCUCCAAUCCAGUGAAGGAAUAUCCACUAGGGAUCAAAACUUUGUUAAAACUACUUACUUGAUUCUCCUUGCCGGAAGCACAAGAACAUGCUAAUACUUGAGUCAUGGGGCAAGGAAACCUUCUUUUAUUGAGAGAUUCCUCAGCGUACUGCAACCCUCCUUUAUCUGAGCUGAGAUCCGGCAAUGCGACCAAGUUCAUACUGGCAGAGUUUGGACUCAUAUAGCCGAUCCCAUUUGCUUGGGGCUAAGGCGUAGUUGUUUCUAUAUGGCUUUUGUAGAGCAACUUAUCCGAAACUGCUCUAUUCCAGUUCUGUAUAUAAUGAUAAGAGAUCUAUUUCAACUCAGAAUGUGGCUAUUGCAUUGCAACUUAUUCAAACACUCUCUAACGAUUGAGAAUAUGCUGAGAUGAGAGUUUUAUAAAGCAGGUUGCACUUUGAAUAUGCUUGUAAUGGAAACGAGUAAUAUAACAGUGCUUUGUUCUCCAAGGCUUCAAGGUGUGGCCGUGUUGGAUACAAUAUGAAGGUUGUGUUCCAACCCAUGUGGUGUUCUAGGUAUGAACGCUUCGAUCCUCAUUCAAAUCUUCCUGCCUUCUCCAUCGUUAAAAUAGAAGUGGAAAGGAAAAAGAGACCGUUGCAUUUCUUUAUUGCUUGCACGCGCUAAUCUACCAGACAACUUGCCAUAACCCACAUGCACAGGAACUUUGUUUGCUGCUUGAUGGUUAUCGGGACGAAUUUGUCCAAAAAUUCCUAUUUAUUUUUCAGCAGGUUCUCUCUUAAUCUCCUUUACUUCUUUUUAUUAUAUUUUGGCAGGGCUGUGAUUUUCCUUUGAGGAACUCUUGGCCCUUCUUGAUUCAUAUUAAAGAGACGAAUUAUGUCCAUCAUUCUUUUACGCAAGGCCUGCUCUCCUAAUCCUUGUAAUAGAUUCUGCUUUGUUAGAUGCGGUUUGGCUAGAAGAUGGGGACACGUCGAUGUCCACUAAAACACCCAGCAGAAUCUGGUUUGAUGAGAGCCCUGCUAGGUUUUUUCUUUCUCAUUUCCUCCUAAAUUGGUAUAGUUUCAUUCUAUACAGGUGUUUCUUAUCUCUAUCUACUUGUACGCCAUUCUAGGCCUUUUACCCUUUGGUUUUCUUUCAAGUUUCAAGGAUUUCAUGGUGAAUUUUCACGCUGAAUGACUCCUAGAAAUAGUCAAUUGAUAUUGUUGGCUUAUGAUGAUGAUAUAGUAGCAAUACGAAAGUUUCUGAUAUUUUCUUUUCCAUCUCAAAAGUAUUAUCUAUUUGUUCUCUUUUGGAGUACUUCCGAUCCAGUUAUGUGUCUUCUUCUGUUGUUACCUUUCUAAUGUAGUAAUUGAUCUUUCAAAGAAUCUAACUUUGCCUGUAUAUUGGAUGAUUGUGCCAGAUUCAUCAAACCUUUUACUACACACCCUGAUCUGAGGAAACCGUGUAUCUUGUCUAGUUUCUGUCACCCAAGGAUUGAUACUCGGUACAUAGAGAUAAGCCCAAGAUGGUGUUACUUAAAGAGAAUUGAAUUAGAUCUGCAGAUUCAGUAUGUAAUCCUGCUUAUAUAAGGGUCUCCAUUCCUUAAUCUACGUUGAAGCUGGUGCAUCAUACGCAUUUCUAAGAAGUUCUUUCUGCCCAAGCUGCAAGUUUAUGGUUUCAGGAGUUGACACGGAAUUAGUUGAUUGUAUGCGAGAAUCAAGUCUUUUCAAGUAUGUGAUGACAGAGUAGUUGAUGGGAUACUCGCAUGUCAAAAAGAAACAGAACCAAAGAAUUUGUGCAUCAGAAAUGUUGAAGUGUGUGACCAUCUCAUCUAAAAGCUUAAGCUGUUAGAGAGAGCACACUUGUAUUUACUUAAUUAUGUCUUCAACAAGAAAGAGCUAAUGAUCACAUAGGAGCAGAAUAUCAUGAAGUUCAGUUUGCUCACUGUUGCCAGGGGCUUGAUACCAUGAACUCAAAAGUGUAGCUCUGUCACUAGGAGAAAAUGCAUCUCUUGCUCUUAAUAAAGGUUGGUUUUAUUAAUGUUGUUAAUCUCUCGAAUGAUUAGUUGAGAUCAUCUUUAGUUGCAAUCAAUCUAAUAACUUUUCUAGUUUAAAGUGGAAUGCCCUCAUGUAUCCGUUCUGGCUAUACAUCUGAGCUAGUAAAAUUUUGCUGCAUUUAA